CUGGCGAUCUAGCACCGAGUUUGGGCGAUAUGGAGGGGGACAACUGGCGACAAGACCUCUGAAAUAUCUGGCAACCCUGUUAGCGUCGUGUUUGCCAACACUUCUCGUUUGGACGUCACAAGGCCAGUGGCCCUUGGCAAAUAAUUGCUGCACGAGAUUUUGAAAAUCGGAGAUAUUGGGACUUGGAUUUCGGCACCCCUAGAGAAAAAUAAAUAUAUCUUCACGUCUCCCGGCAGCGUGCUGAUAACAUUGGGUUGUCUUCGAACACGUCACGAGGAAAAAUUAUUGGUCGUCUCCACGAUCUUAUGCGCAAUGUAAUUGGCCAAUCAACGUAGUGACAAUUUGUCUUCAGCUGGAAACUUUUACCCAAACCUGUAAUGGAAGAAGACAAAACGAAAAAUUCGUGAGUGACAGCCGACAUAUGUCGCAAUUUUUCAGUUGAAUGGAUUAAAUAAUUGGAGUUCCACGGUAAUUAUCGAAAACGAGGUGAAUCAUGACGUCCGCGCCGUUGCUGUUGUCUGAAGAGGACGUGGAGAGUGGAGGAAAAUCAGACGACUCCACCAGUAUACAAAAUGAUUUUGCCUAUCGCAAUAAUGUCUACAAUGCGCACAUCAAAAUCCGCAUGGCAUUCCUGCGGAAGGUCUACGGCCUCAUCUCCAUGCAGCUGCUGUUGACAGUAGCUAUCGCAGUUGUUUUCGUUGUAUGCCAGCCAGUCCAAUAUUUCGUCCACGAAAAGCCAUGGGUGAUAGGAAUCCCGUCCAUCGCAUCCAUGGUAAUCCUGAUUGCUCUGCAUUGCAAGAGGAAAGACCAUCCGGCUAAUUUGAUUCUGCUGUGUAUAUUUACUGUUUUACAAGCCUUCUCGAUUGGAUCCAUCGUGACCUUUUUCGACGCUAAUGUAGUGCUUGAAGCAAUAUUUAUAACAAUGGCGAUUGUUAUUGGAUUGACUGUCUACACUUUCCAGUCGAAACGAGAUUUCUCGUUCCUGGGAUUUGGACUCUUUGCUGGACUUUUUGCUCUCCUAGUUGGUGGAUUAGUCCAGAUAUACGUCCAGAGUUCACUUAUGGAGAUAGCUAUGGGUAUUGCUGGAGCUGUACUCUUCGCUCUAUUUAUUAUUUAUGACACCCACAACCUGAUGAAUAACCUCUCUCCAGAGGAAUACAUCCUGGCUGCAAUCAACAUCUAUCUCGAUAUCCUUAACUUAUUUUUAUAUAUUCUGAGGGCCCUAGCUGCCAGACGAUAAAAUUGUGGAUGUUGUUGUUGAUGUAAAUAAUUAUCAAUUCCAAAAACAAUGUACUUCUUUUUAUGCGCACAUUACGUGCAACUAUUGUUGCGUAAGGUAUAUUUAUGAGGAUGUUGAAGAAAAUUGACGGUCUGAUGUAGCUGGACAAAUUCGAAACGAUAGUUCCUCCUUUAUAUUUUUUAUAUUUUAUAUUCUAUAUUUCCCCCUACAUCAAAUUCCAUGGCGUUCUCGUGAACAUUACUAAACUGCCGAUAAAAUUCCAUUUUUCUCAAGAGUAUAAAACUUUUUUUUUCAACAGCUUUGGUUAAAUACCACACCUUAAAUGCCAAUAUUUAUCAGAAUUUUUCAUUAAUUUCCUAGAGAUUUUUCAGUGUGAUGAAUGAUGUGAGGGAAAUUAUCAGUGUGAAACGCGUCACGUGACUCCGAAUACUGCACUCUGAUUGGUCAAAAUCAGAAUUGAGGAAAUUGUCCUAUCAAUUUAUUUCGUACGUAAAAGAGUUAUGAAAAAGCUUCCUAUAAAUAUUUCGUCAUCUCCGUUCUAUUCAGAGAUAUUUUACACAAUCGAGAAGAACAUUUUUUCUGUCGACUUUCAAAACGUCAAUUCUGCAUUUUCAUCUGUUCUCACCUACAAUUACCAAAUUACUGUUGUGAUUGGAUAAAUGCAAGGAGAAUAAAGAAAGAAUAAACAAUUCAAUGAAAAUU